GAGGAGGAAGAUGGCGGGAGGGCGGCUCUGAGGAGACCUCGGCGGCGGCGGAGGAGGAGAGAAGCGCAGCUCCGCGCAGCGCCGGGGCCCAUGUGGGGAGGAGUCGGAGUCGCAGUUGCCGCCGCCGCCGCCUGUAGCUGCCGGAGCCGGGUGGGAGUGAGGGGGACACGGCAGGAUGAAGUUCGCCGAGCACCUCUCCGCGCACAUCACUCCCGAGUGGAGGAAGCAGUACAUCCAGUAUGAGGCAUUCAAGGAUAUGUUGUAUUCAGCUCAGGACCAGGCACCUUCUGUCGAAGUUACAGAUGAGGAUACAGUUAAGAGAUAUUUUGCCAAGUUUGAAGAGAAGUUUUUCCAAACCUGUGAAAAGGAACUUGCCAAAAUCAACACAUUUUAUUCAGAGAAGCUGGCAGAGGCUCAGCGCAGGUUUGCUACACUUCAGAAUGAGCUUCAGUCUUCACUGGAUGCACAGAAAGAAAGCAUUGGGGUCACUACAUUGCGACAACGCAGAAAGCCAGUCUUCCAUCUGUCCCAUGAGGAGCGUGUCCAACAUAGGAAUAUUAAAGACCUUAAGCUGGCCUUCAGCGAGUUCUACCUCAGCCUCAUUCUGCUGCAGAACUAUCAGAAUCUGAAUUUUACAGGGUUUCGAAAAAUCCUUAAAAAGCACGACAAGAUUCUGGAAACAUCUCGUGGGGCAGAUUGGCGAGUGGCUCAUGUAGAGGUGGCCCCAUUUUAUACAUGCAAGAAAAUCAACCAGCUUAUUUCUGAGACUGAGGCUGUAGUAACCAAUGAACUUGAAGAUGGUGACAGACAAAAGGCUAUGAAGCGAUUGCGUGUCCCUCCUUUGGGAGCGGCUCAGCCUGCGCCAGCAUGGACUACUUUUAGAGUUGGCCUAUUUUGUGGAAUAUUCCUUGUGUUAAAUAUUACCCUCGUGCUUGCAGCCGUAUUUAAACUUGAAACAGAUAGAACUGUAUGGCCCUUGAUAAGAAUCUAUCGGGGUGGCUUUCUUCUGAUUGAAUUCCUCUUUCUACUGGGCAUCAACACGUACGGUUGGAGACAGGCUGGAGUAAAUCAUGUCCUCAUCUUUGAACUUAAUCCAAGAAACAAUUUGUCUCAUCAGCAUCUCUUUGAGAUUGCUGGAUUCCUGGGGAUAUUAUGGUGCCUGAGCCUUCUGGCAUGCUUUUUCGCUCCAAUUAGUAUCAUCCCUAUAUAUGUGUACCCACUUGCCCUUUAUGGAUUUAUGGUCUUCUUUCUUAUCAACCCCACCAAAACUUUCUACUAUAAAUCCAGAUUUUGGCUGCUUAAACUUCUGUUUCGAGUAUUUACAGCUCCCUUCCAUAAGGUAGGCUUUGCUGAUUUCUGGCUGGCCGAUCAGCUGAACAGCCUGUCAGUGAUACUCAUGGACCUGGAAUAUAUGAUCUGCUUCUACAGUUUUGAGCUCAAAUGGGAUGAGAGUAAGGGCCUGUUGCCAAAUGAUCUACAAGAACCAGAAUUUUGCCACAGAUAUACAUAUGGAGUGCGAGCCAUUGUUCAGUGUAUUCCUGCUUGGCUUCGCUUCAUCCAGUGCCUGCGCCGGUACCGUGACACAAAAAGGGCCUUUCCUCAUUUAGUAAAUGCUGGCAAAUACUCCACCACUUUCUUCACCGUGACCUUUGCAGCCCUGUACAGUACUCACAAAGAACGACGGCACUCAGACACUGAGGUGUUCUUUUACCUGUGGAUUGUCUUCUAUGUCAUCAGCUCCUGCUAUACCCUCAUUUGGGAUCUCAAGAUGGACUGGGGUCUCUUUGAUAAGAACGCAGGAGAAAACACUUUUCUCCGGGAAGAAAUCGUAUACCCCCAAAAGGCUUAUUACUACUGUGCCAUCAUAGAAGAUGUGAUACUGCGCUUUGCUUGGACUAUCCAAAUCUCUAUUACUGCUACGACUUUCCAGCCUCAUGUUGGGGACAUCAUUGCUACUGUCUUUGCCCCCCUUGAGGUUUUCCGGCGAUUUGUAUGGAACUUCUUCCGCCUGGAGAACGAGCAUCUGAAUAACUGUGGUGAAUUUCGUGCCGUGCGGGACAUCUCUGUGGCCCCCCUGAAUGCAGAUGAUCAGACACUCCUUGAGCAGAUGAUGGACCAGGAAGAUGGGGUGCGAAACCGCCAGAAGAAUCGGUCAUGGAAGUACAACCAGAGCAUAUCCCUGCGCCGGCCUCGCCUCGCGUCCCAAUCCAAGACUCGAGACACUAAGGUAUUGAUAGAAGAUACAGACGACGAAGCUAACACUUGAAUUCUCUGAAGUCUCGAUUAACAUCCGUGGUUUCCUACUCUACAAUUCUUCCCUUGACCAACGCAACCUCCAGCACCUUUUUCCAGCUGAGAACAGGAGAAAACAGAACACGUUCCCGGGCUCUUCAGAUCGGGUCCUAUGGACUCGAGCAAGCUCACUGUGUUUCUUUUCUUUUCUUCUGGUUUAAUCUUCAUUUUCUAUUUUUAAAACAAAAACUUCAUUUUGCCAAUCAGAGGAUGUUUUAAGGAACAAAAACCUAAUAUCUUAUGGAUUGUUUACAAUCACAAAGACACAGAUGCCCAUCAGGAUGAAGAACAGGCAUUGGAAGGAGGCCUCUGAUGGACGGCAUGGACGUAACUCAGCUUCUGCCUAGCCCGGUUUUGACUGUUUGAAACCGGACACUGGUUUUUAAAUUUUCUGUCAGUUUCUGUGGAGAGUUUUUUCCCUUCCCUCCUAGCCAGCAUAGAGCCACUGGCAGCACUUGCAGGGAAAGUGCAGCUUGGAACAGCACCCUCCUCCACGAAGCUACUUUUUAAUUUGAUGUGGGUUUUCUCAUUUGGGGAGGGUUUUGGGUGGGCAGGGAAUAUGAUGUAUUCGUUACAUAUGGUCUUCUCAUUAUUUAUGAAACUUAACCAUACGUGAAUGAUACUACUCCUAUGAAGGGAGGCAGGAGGAACUAAGGGUAGAUGGUAUUUGGGAGGGUCAAGCCCACAUACCUUUUCCAGGAAACAGUUUGUACCAGUUUGUACUUUUCCUCUUUCGUUUAAUUUUAAGCCAAAGUUUUAUUGCUAAAUUUUAAGUUGCUGCUCUAGAGUCCCAAGUGUCACUGUCAUGACCUGGCAUCCACUUGCUUCCCACUGGUAGACAUUCAGAGCAAAGGCUCUGAUACUUGUGUCUUUAGGAACAGGUGCAGGAUACACUCGCCCAUUUACCAGUCCCAAUAAUGAAGUUCUGCCAUCUGCUUCUGCAUGUAGGUGAAGCGAGUCUGAGUUCUCCUGGCUGAAUAGAAAGGCAGGCCUAAUUUCACUCUUCACACCCUUAUUAAAUAAUUCCCCUUCUUGUCUCAUCUACUUUACCCAGAAUUUGAUCAAACUAAAAGUCUUUGGUGGGGGCUGUACUUUUGAGCAUGUAGAACAAAUCCUUCAUCCUUCAAAUUACAUUGACAGAGAAGACCUUGGCAGCCAUUUUUAAGGCCAGCAGUAUUAAAAAGUGAAUGUUGGAUUUUAUGACCUCCCAUGAUAGAACCCUUUUUAAUUUGGGGCCUCUAAACCUGGCCAUACUUUUAAAACUAUAUUUCUUAGAAAUUUCAGGCUAUAAAUAUACAUUUUUAUUUCUUUAUCUCAUCCCAUCUUCCUAAAUUCUCUAGAGAAACCUAAAAACAUACAUUUGACUUUCUUGAAAUGGUAUCAAAUUUACUAUUCUUCAGGACUAGGGGUAUAGAUCAUUGAUAGCAGUGAUUGCUUAGCAUUCUUGAGACCUUGGGUUUUCUCUCAGCAUGGGUGGGGAGGAGAACCACUCUUUAAUAAAAUUAAUAUAAAUACUAGGAAAAGGUAAGGUCAGCUUUAGUGCCCCCACCCCUGGGAUCUAGGAGAGCCAUCAGAAUCCAUUCACUUAUGCCUUUUCCACAUUAACUUCAGACAGAGAACUAAUGACUAGGAAGACGGCCAUCAACACUUGCUUUGUUUUAAAAGUUGGCUGCUGCCCUUUAAGCUUCCUUUUGUCAUGAGCCCUGCCUGUGCAUCAUAACCGUCCCUUGUUAAAGUUCCUGCACUACUAAAAUUCCACCUAUUAACUCAUCAACUUCCUUCUAGAAAGGGUUUCUUUCAUUUUUAUUCUGACAGAGUUCCAAUUUUUUUUCUUCUUUCAGAAUUGAGAUUUUAACACAUACAUUCAUAUCCCCGCAAGUACAUACAGUGUUGUAGGUUCUCUUGCUUUUUGUUAUGCCAAGCAUGUCCCUUGCCCCAAAACUAAAGAAGAAACAUUUAUUUUUAAAAAGCAAAUUUUAAAUAAAUUGUAUACUUUAUAAUAAUCAGUGGUAACAAUUUAGAGACCCUUUGUAAAUUAAAGGUUGCAUUAUUUCUAUUUAGAAUUUUUUUUUUCCUAACCUAGGUUUUUAUACUUUAAAGCAGGUGAUCGAUCUCACUGGUCUCUGAGGUAACAUCAGCAAGUACUAAGACUCUAUAGAAAAGUCCAGUGACUUAUGAUUUCUUGUACAAUAAAGUCAGUGGGACUGUGUAUCCAGAGCCACAUGAAUUGGCAGCUUCUUUCUCUGGUAGUCAGUCUGUGUGACGUGCAGAAACUCACACAGUUGACUUCCACCGUUCCAACUCCUUGAUGUUUUCACGUCAGUCACGUCAGUUAACAUGUGGCCAGCUUGGUCUUUCUCCACCUGUUAGGAUCCAGGCCCUAAUCAGUAUUAUUUCUUUCAUAAAUAAUGCAGAGAUAGAGUGUAUUCAUUUUUGGUGUUUGUCCUGUUGCCUACUCAAAGUAAGGCUUACAUGCUCUCCAGCUUACCACGGCAGAUGCCCAGUACUUUCUUACACACUCCAGCUUCAUCUCCCUGGCUCUAAAGAGAUUACUUCAUCCAACGAAUUUGGGAAACCAAGUGUGCAUUUCAGUUUUUCCUUUCGAAAAGGCGAUGUGCAUUUUUCUCUCCUUGAUGCCAUCUGGCCUAAGCACUGUCAGCAGUGUGUCCUGCUAUUGUUCAGUUGCAUAAUCCUGUACCCUGAAACUCCUGAUGGAAAUCUUAGAAGUGAAUCCACACCACAGUCAUGUUACAGACUAGUCCUUAAUUUUAGUUUUGUUUGAAAAGGACUCCAUUUUUAACAGUGCUUAAAAUACUCUCAAAAGGAAUGAAAUAAAGAAUAAAGUCUGUUUUCCAUUUUAUACAAUGUAGGAAGCAAAGGAGUACAAAGAGCUAUUAGCGGUUUGUUCUUAACAAAUGAAUGCCUAUAGCAGAAGCUGCCAUGGCGUGACAAUGGAUCGUUGAUAAUGUCCUCUCAUACAGAGACAAAGGCAUGAUCAGAGAUGAAGUCAUCCAAUAGUCACGUGUGUCAUGUUGGCUUUUUGUCUCCAGCACCCUAUUAUUAGAAGACUUCUGAGGUUCGGGGACACAGUGUGAAAGAAUGCCAGUAACUCAGCAAGAAUCUGGACGAACUCUUAGAGCAGGCCCGACUUGCUAGCCGCGACUCCCAGCAUUCCGAAUGAGAGCGCUGCUGUUUCAGCAGACUCAGUUCACAGGUGGUAUCUUCCCAACAUGGCUCCCUAGUUUCUCAAUAGAUGGACCUAGCGCAAGGCAAGAGUGGAACUGAGCCACACAGACGCACCUUAGCACUGAGUUGGAGAUGACAGAGAGGACUUGGGCCUUGGCAGCAGAAACAGGGCACUAGGUAAAUCACAUGACCUUUCCAUCCCUCUGUGCCUCCAUUUCCUCUCACUGCAUCAUUUAAGAAUAGUUUUUAUACCUAAAUUCAAUUUUCUGAGGAGUAACUACAGAGAUUUCUUAUUCUAAGGAAAGAAUUUAGAAUAACACUGUCUAUGACAUAGUAAACCCCUGGGAUUCUCUGAAGUGAUGAAACUAUUUCAUCGAUAUGUUUUAGGUUGUCAUUUUUUACUAGUCUAAUAAAAUUUGCCUCCCUCUUAAUAGAAACAUCUUACUAUAAACAGUGUACUCUGGUGUCUAAAAUUAAGGUAACUUAGACUAAAAGUUGAUCAUGUAGAAUCUUGAUCUCCCUCGACUACAGAAACCAUACUUUAAUAAACCAGUGUCAUUAUUGACCAGGUGAAAAUCGAAAUUUAGAUUGAAUUUUGAAAACGGUGAUCUGUUUUCUACUUGGUCUAUUGGUUUUUGCUGGUCAUUUGCUUCAACAUGAAUUUCUGCGGUUCUGCUAUCCGUCACGAUAUUAAAUCCUAAAGCUCCCAACUUGCCUAUUUCAAGUUUAUACAGAACAUGUGGUUGUGUGGGGCAGAGCUGGUUCUGUUGUAGCAUCCAUUUGUGGCGUGCCGUGUGACAAAUCAGCCUUGUAGCCCGCAUUAACCACACUCUGUUCAAUGAAUAGUAGCAAAAAGCAAAAGCAUCUCCUUAGAUUUGAGAGAGCUGAAGUCAGACAGUACAAACAUUUUCCUGAUGGAGAAGAGGUACUGAUGGGUGUGAUCCCUGAUGCCUUUCUCACAUGCUUUCAAAGCCGAUACUGAGCUGCCCCCGGAAGCAACUUUCAGAAUGUAUUUUCUUAUGGUGGAUGAGGAAGUGAGGGGGACAAGAUGAGUUUUCCCUGAAGUGGGGAGAAUCCUAUCAAUUUACAACUGAAUGUGUUUCCUUGUAGCAGACCUUUGGUUUAUUUUAUUAAACCAAUGCCAGCUUCAGUUUUGUUUUGUUUUGUUUUGUUUUUGUAUGGUGCCAUCCACCUAGGAGGACAAUCAAAUGACCUAUUGUUUGCCUUGGAUUCGGUGUCUAUUGAUUCUCAUCUUGUAUACCUCUGAACUUAAUUUCUACCUGGCGCCUAUCCAUGUGAGCCACCACGAGUCAGAGGGCAGCUAGCAGCACUGCUGGACAGCUGUGGACCUGUGAGAAAGGGCAGGGUCCUGCCUCCCUGUUUCAAAUGUUAUUCCUGAAGUUCUUGCCUACACUUCUCCCAACAUCCUUAGCAAGACUAGUGUGCUCUGGACAGGGAGAAGGAGUUUUUAUGAUAUUGUUAUUGUUUGAACUGUUACGGUAAAAUUGUAAACCACUCCUGUUUCAUCUGCAAAAAGAACAAAACCCAUGAAGCUUUAUCCCAUUGUGAAGACUGGGUUAGCACAGGAGCUUGUACCAGUGAAGAGUAGGACGGAAUAGGGUGAAACUUGUUAUUUCUCUUUCAAGUCCUCUCUGCUGUGUUACACACACCCCUCCACCCCGCCACACCGUGUUGUCAGAUGAUGCUGUCCUGUGACUUCUGAGCUAUAGUUGUCAAGAGUAACUAUGGAUUGUGAUUAGUCCUCUGUGGGUGACUCUUGCCCCAUUUGCUCCCUUGCUUUCUUCCCUACUCUCCACUCUGGUGAAUGGAAAAGGUGACGUCAAAGAAUCAGUGCUUGCUUGGACUCACGUCGUAUCUGUGACUAUGCUAUUAGCUGUCUCCUUUUUCCUUCUUCUGUGGGUAGAAUUCUUAUGACCUGUGGAGUUCCCUUCUGGAUAAGUAGGUUAAAUGCACAAUGUGGUACUGUUAUAUAGUUUCUAGAUGGUUAAUGUGCUUAUGUGUUUUUAAAAGAAAAUAAGUGAUUGGUUUCAAAACACUGGCCUUUUUCGUUACUAUAAGCUCUGUUUUCCAGUAGUUUGCUGACUUGUGUCUGGGGAGUGCUUUGUGUCACUGUGUGCCUUUCUCUCUGGGGGUCUUGGAUUCUUGAUCAUUAUUUCCCUUAGUACUAAUAAGUAUAUGGGCCCAACACAAACAGCUUACAAUGGUGAAUUAGAAAAACAGAAUUUGUCAAAUUCAAAAACAAUUUUUUAAAAAGGCAGGCAUAGUCGUCUAUGCCUAUAAUCUCCAGUACUUGGAGGCUAAGGCAGGAGAAUUGCUAUGAGUUUGAGGCAGUCCCUGGCUGAAUAGUGAGUUCCAGGCCACCUGGGAGAGAGAGAGAGAGAGAGAGAGAGAGAGAGAGAGAGAGAGAGAGAGAGAGAGACCCUGCCCCCAAAACUCAAAUAAUCUUAAAUGGCUUUUUUUUUUUUCAAGGUAUGGCUCUAAAACAGUGGAAUUGAUCCAGCAAGUUUUAUCUUUUCUUACACAAAGAAUCUCAGCUAUUAAAUGAGACGCUGUGUGUAACUGGAUGCUGGACAGCAACACCCUUGUUGCCUCACAGCUCAUGCCCAAGGUGGGGAACGCAGCUCUUCCUGCUGGGUCCUGGGUAGAGUAGCACUGAUGUCUGACUAGGGGAAGUUAGAAAACUCACUGGCCCCGAGAUGAAAAGAGGAAACGGUCUGCUGACUGAGUGGUAGAGCCGGUACCUUCAUGUUGUUGCUGCCUCUCCAUCUCCUGUUUCUCUGCAGGCGGAGAACUUUAUGGUGAUGGGGUUUCCUAGCUAGCGGGCUAGGCUGGAAGUGACAUGAGCCAUCAGAGCCACCCCUUUCCUGUAGCCCAUCAUUUGUGUGCCUGUGGCCUUCAUGCUUGCCAAGUACACAGCACUGCAGUUACAUGUGAGCCAGUGGCAGUUUUAAUUUUAAUUAAGACCCAGAGCAGAUAAAUCUGUAAUCCUACAUAAUCCCAGAAGCCCAGUGGCUCUUUUUACCAGCACAUCCAAAAUCCUUGGACUUUCAGCAUCUGUAUCUUUCUGAUUUUUUUUUAAUUAAACCUUUUUCAAAGGUUAUGAAAAUAUUAGUUUAUCCUUUCUGACUUCCCACUUUCCCCCUUAAAGGCAUUGUUUAGUUCUUAUAUUUUUAAAAAUUUACACAUUUAUUGAGUCCCUGCCAUGUACUCAGUCAACAUUACUUGGCUUUCACUGAAGUUGGUUUUGUUAACUUUAUGAACCUGACAUGGUAAAAGUUACUUUUAUGAAACCAUUAGCAAAAUGACCAAGGCUCCUGGGUGUUUGCACCGGAAUAAGCUGGAUUUUUCUCUCCCAAAUCACUGGGGCAAUCAUUAAAGCCUAUCCUGGGUACUUUUCAUCCCUUAAAAAACAAAGUGUGGAACAGAACAAGAUGGCAGUCAAGAUGCUCCAAUUACCAUCUCCCUACAGACAUUGCAAGUUCAGGCACCAAAAACACUACACUCUGGACAGCUAAGGAAAUCCAGUCAGAGACCACAGUGCUUAGUUUUAGCAUGACAAUGAAAAGACAGGCUAAAAGCCCCAUGGUGGUGCAAAGCACAAGUCAGAGGUGGGUGUGUGCACCGAACAGUGUGUGAUCUACCUUGAGCCAGGGCAGACAGACAAAGAGCAUAACCCUCCAUGGUCUUGGCUCAUGGUAGCCCGGAGAGCUAAUUGUUGUGGGAUAUUUUGAUCACGUUCUGAUACCUGAGAUCGCCCAAUAAAGUAAUACCUUGAAUUGGGACAGAACCAGUGACUAGCUGACCAGAAUUGGCCAUGGAGAAGCCAGCAAUUUAAAUAGAGGAGAGGCCCAGGAACGAAAGGGCAGGGACUAAAGUUUGAGCUUGCUUCAUUCUGGGAUGAGGGAAGAGAUGUAUCACAGAAAAACAUCAACUGUCCAAUCUCUUAACAAUGACCUCAGCCUUGGAAAUGCCAGACAAGGAGUUCAAACUUUGUUCUAUUGAAAACCCUUCUCUAGGAGUUUACCACCUGUCUCCUCAGCUUUUCACUUUUCCGUAAUUCUCCUUGAUAAAGCUGACUCCCGCUCAGUGUCUGCAUCGUUAGUCCUUACUGAUGUGAGACAAUGAACUCAGAGCCACUGUCCCAGGCAGUUUUUAGGGACUGUGAGUGCCCAUCAUCCUAGCUCCUUGGAUCAUGAACAACUAAGUCAGUGGUUCUCAGCCUUCCUAAUGUGGCAACCCUUGAAUACAGUUCCCCAUGCUGUUCUGACCCUGACCAUAAAAUUAUUUCUUUACUACUUCAUAA